UGGGCUGGCCCGGCGGCCGCUGACCCGCCCGGCGCGCGCAGGAGCUGACUCCAGAGGCGCAGGACUGACACCCCUGGCUGCACCUGCUUUGGCAACAGAGUACCUGACUCAGGUCAGGGUCCCCGAGAAAGACAGACAUGUCUGACAAGAUGUCAAGUUUCCUACACAUCGGAGACAUUUGUUCUCUGUACGCGGAGGGGUCCACAAAUGGAUUUAUUAGCACGUUGGGCCUGGUUGACGACCGUUGCGUUGUGCAGCCUGAAGCUGGGGACCUCAACAACCCACCCAAGAAAUUCAGAGAUUGCCUCUUUAAGCUGUGUCCCAUGAACCGCUACUCUGCACAGAAGCAGUUCUGGAAGGCGGCGAAGCCCGGGGCCAACAGCACCACCGAUGCAGUGCUGCUCAACAAGUUGCAUCACGCCGCAGACUUGGAAAAGAAGCAGAACGAGACGGAGAACCGGAAGCUGCUGGGGACCGUGAUCCAGUACGGCAACGUCAUCCAGCUGCUGCAUCUGAAGAGUAACAAGUACCUGACCGUGAACAAGAGGCUCCCGGCCCUGCUGGAGAAGAACGCCAUGCGGGUGACGCUGGACGAGGCCGGCAACGAGGGCUCCUGGUUCUACAUCCAGCCUUUCUACAAGCUGCGCUCCAUUGGUGACAGUGUGGUCAUCGGUGACAAGGUGGUUCUGAACCCCGUCAAUGCGGGCCAGCCCUUGCACGCCAGCAGCCACCAGCUGGUGGACAACCCAGGCUGCAACGAGGUCAACUCCGUCAAUUGCAACACGAGCUGGAAAAUAGUCCUGUUCAUGAAGUGGAGCGACAACAAGGACGACAUCCUGAAGGGGGGCGACGUGGUGAGGCUAUUCCACGCAGAGCAGGAGAAGUUCCUCACCUGUGACGAGCACCGGAAGAAGCAGCACGUCUUCCUGAGGACCACCGGCCGCCAGUCGGCCACCUCGGCCACCAGCUCCAAGGCCCUGUGGGAGGUGGAGGUGGUUCAGCACGACCCGUGCCGGGGCGGAGCCGGGUACUGGAACAGCCUCUUCCGCUUCAAGCACCUGGCCACGGGCCAUUACCUGGCGGCCGAGGUAGACCCUGACUUUGAGGAAGAGUGCCUGGAGUUUCAGCCCCCCGUGGACCCCGACCAGGACGCCUCGAGGAGCCGGCUGCGCAACGCCCAGGAGAAGAUGGUGUACUCCCUGGUCUCUGUGCCCGAGGGCAACGACAUCUCCUCCAUCUUCGAGCUCGAUCCCACCACUCUGCGGGGAGGCGACAGCCUGGUCCCCAGGAACUCCUAUGUCCGGCUCAGACACCUGUGUACGAACACCUGGGUUCACAGCACCAACACCCCCAUCGACAAGGAAGAGGAAAAGCCGGUGAUGCUCAAGAUCGGCACCUCCCCGGUGAAGGAGGACAAGGAGGCCUUUGCCAUCGUCCCGGUUUCUCCGGCCGAGGUCCGGGACCUGGACUUCGCCAAUGAUGCCAGCAAGGUGCUGGGCUCCAUCGCGGGCAAGCUGGAGAAGGGCACCAUCACCCAGAAUGAGAGGAGGUCUGUCACGAAGCUGCUGGAGGACCUGGUGUACUUCGUCACGGGUGGCGCCAACUCAGGCCAGGACGUGCUGGAGGUGGUCUUCUCCAAGCCCAACCGCGAGCGGCAGAAGUUGAUGCGGGAGCAGAACAUCCUCAAGCAGAUCUUCAAGCUGCUGCAGGCCCCAUUCACGGACUGCGGGGACGGCCCCAUGCUGCGGCUGGAGGAGCUGGGGGACCAGCGGCACGCCCCCUUCCGGCACAUCUGCCGCCUGUGCUACCGCGUGCUGCGGCACUCCCAGCAGGACUACCGCAAGAACCAGGAGUACAUCGCCAAGCAGUUCGGCUUCAUGCAGAAGCAGAUCGGCUACGACGUGCUGGCCGAGGACACUAUCACCGCCCUGCUGCACAACAACCGGAAGCUGCUGGAAAAGCACAUCACCGCGGCUGAGAUCGACACCUUUGUCAGCCUGGUGCGCAAGAACAGGGAGCCCAGAUUCUUGGACUACCUGUCUGACCUCUGCGUGUCCAUGAACAAGUCGAUCCCGGUGACGCAGGAGCUCAUCUGCAAGGCCGUGCUGAAUCCAGCCAACGCUGACAUCCUGAUUGAGACCAAGCUGGUUCUCUCUCGUUUUGAGUUUGAAGGGGUCUCUUCCGGGGAGAACGCUCUGGAGGCAGGCGAGGACGAGGAGGAGGUGUGGCUGUUCUGGAGAGACAGCAACAAGGAGAUCCGCAGCAAGAGCGUGAGGGAGCUGGCGCAGGACGCCAAGGAGGGCCAGAAGGAGGACCGAGACGUGCUCAGCUAUUACAGGUACCAGCUGAACCUCUUCGCCCGGAUGUGCCUGGACCGCCAGUACCUGGCCAUCAACGAGAUCUCGGGGCAGCUGGACGUGGACCUCAUCCUGCGCUGCAUGUCGGACGAGAACCUGCCCUACGACCUGCGCGCCUCCUUCUGCCGCCUCAUGCUGCACAUGCACGUGGACCGCGACCCGCAGGAGCAGGUCACGCCCGUGAAAUACGCCCGCCUCUGGUCCGAGAUCCCCUCCGAGAUCGCCAUCGACGACUAUGACAGCAGCGGGACGUCCAAGGACGACAUCAAGGAGCGCUUCGCGCAGACCAUGGAGUUCGUGGAGGAGUACCUGCGCGACGUGGUGUGCCAGCGCUUCCCGUUCUCCGACAAGGAGAAGAACAAGCUGACCUUCGAGGUGGUCAAUUUGGCUAGGAACCUCAUCUACUUUGGUUUCUACAACUUCUCGGACCUCCUGCGAUUAACCAAGAUCCUCUUGGCGAUCCUGGAUUGCGUGCACGUGACCACGAUCUUCCCCAUCAGCAAGAUGGCGAAAGGGGAGGAGAACAAAGGCAGUAACGUGAUGCGGUCCAUCCACGGCGUCGGGGAGCUCAUGACGCAGGUGGUGCUGCGGGGUGGUGGCUUCCUGCCCGUGACACCCAUGGCUGCUGCCCCCGAGGGCACCACGAAGCAGGCGGAGCCGGAGAAGGAGGACAUCAUGGUUAUGGACACCAAGCUGAAGAUCAUCGAGAUCCUCCAGUUUAUUCUGAAUGUGAGGUUGGAUUAUAGGAUCUCCUGCCUCCUGUGUAUAUUUAAGCGGGAAUUUGAUGAAAGCAAUUCCCAGACUUCGGAAACAUCCUCCGGGAACAGCAGCCAGGAGGGCCCAAGCAACGUGCCAGGUGCUCUUGACUUUGAACACAUCGAAGAGCAGGCGGAAGGCAUCUUCGGAGGAAGGAAAGAGAACACCCCGCUGGACCUGGAUGACCAUGGCGGCCGGACCUUCCUGCGCGUCCUACUGCACCUGACGAUGCACGACUACCCCCCCCUGGUGUCGGGGGCCCUCCAGCUCCUCUUCCGCCACUUUAGCCAGAGGCAGGAGGUGCUGCAGGCCUUCAAGCAGGUCCAGCUGCUUGUUACCAGCCAGGACGUGGACAACUACAAACAGAUCAAGCAGGACUUGGACCAGCUGCGGUCCAUCGUGGAGAAGUCAGAGCUGUGGGUGUACAAGGGGCAGGGCCCAGACGAGGCCAUGGAUGGCGUGUCCGGUGAAAAUGAACAUAAGAAAGCAGAGGAGGGGAACAGCAAGCCGCAGAAGCACGAGAGUGCCAGCAGCUACAACUACCGGGUGGUGAAGGAGAUCCUGAUCCGGCUCAGCAAGCUCUGCGUGCAGGAGGGCGCCUCCGUGCGCAAGAGCCGGAAGCAGCAGCAGCGCCUGCUGAGGAACAUGGGGGCCCACGCGGUGGUGCUGGAGCUGCUGCAGAUUCCCUACGAGAAGGCCGAGGACACCAAGAUGCAGGAGAUCAUGCGGCUGGCGCACGAGUUCCUGCAGAAUUUCUGCGCCGGCAACCAGCAGAAUCAAGCCUUGCUGCACAAGCAUAUAAACCUGUUUCUCAACCCUGGGAUCCUGGAGGCCGUGACCAUGCAGCACAUCUUCAUGAACAGCUUCCAGCUAUGCAGCGAGAUCAACGAGCGCGUGGUCCAGCACUUCGUCCACUGCAUCGAGACGCACGGCCGCAGCGUCCAGUACAUCAAGUUCCUGCAGACCAUCGUCAAGGCCGAAGGGAAGUUCAUCAAGAAGUGCCAAGACAUGGUCAUGGCCGAGCUGGUGAACUCGGGAGAGGACGUGCUGGUCUUCUACAACGACCGGGCCUCGUUCCAGACCCUGAUUCAGAUGAUGCGCUCGGAGCGGGACCGCAUGGAUGAAAACAGCCCGCUCAUGUACCACAUCCACCUGGUGGAAUUGCUGGCUGUGUGCACCGAGGGCAAGAAUGUCUACACGGAGAUCAAGUGCAACUCCCUGCUGCCCCUGGACGACAUCGUCCGCGUGGUCACCCACGAGGAUUGCAUCCCCGAGGUCAAAAUCGCCUACAUCAACUUCCUGAAUCAUUGUUACGUGGACACCGAGGUGGAGAUGAAGGAGAUCUACACCAGCAAUCACAUGUGGAAGCUGUUCGAGAACUUCCUGGUGGACAUCUGCCGGGCCUGCAACAACACAAGCGACAGGAAGCACGCAGACUCCAUCCUGGAGAAGUACGUCACCGAGAUCGUCAUGAGCAUCGUCACCACCUUCUUCAGCUCCCCCUUCUCGGACCAGAGCACCACCCUGCAGACGCGCCAGCCCGUGUUCGUGCAGCUGCUGCAGGGCGUGUUCAGGGUCUACCACUGCAACUGGCUGGCACCCAGCCAGAAGGCCUCCGUGGAGAGCUGCAUCCGGGUGCUCUCCGACGUAGCCAAGAGCCGGGCCAUCGCCAUCCCCGUGGACCUGGACAGCCAGGUCAACAACCUCUUCCUGAAGUCCCACAACAUCGUGCAGAAGACAGCUAUGAACUGGCGGCUGACGGCCCGGAACGCGGCCCGCAGGGACUCUGUGCUGGCGGCCUCCAGGGACUACCGGAACAUCAUCGAGCGGCUGCAGGACAUCGUGUCGGCCCUGGAGGACCGUCUGCGGCCACUGGUGCAGGCCGAGCUGUCCGUGCUGGUGGACGUGCUCCACCGGCCUGAGCUGCUCUUCCCUGAGAACACGGACGCCCGGAGGAAGUGCGAGAGCGGGGGCUUCAUUUGCAAGUUAAUCAAGCACACCAAACAGCUGCUGGAGGAGAACGAGGAGAAGCUCUGCAUCAAGGUCCUCCAGACCCUCCGGGAGAUGAUGACCAAGGACAGAGGCUACGGAGAAAAGGGUGAGGCGCUCAGGCAGAUUUUGGUCAACCGUUACUAUGGAAACAUCAGACCUUCGGGAAGAAGAGAGAGCCUGACCAGCUUUGGCAAUGGCCCGCUGUCGCCUGGAGGACCCAGCAAGCCUGGGGGUGGAGGGGGCGGUGCCGGGCCGGGCUCCGUAAGCAGGGGUGAGAUGAGCCUGGCCGAGGUCCAGUGCCACCUGGACAAGGAGGGCGCCUCCAACCUGGUCAUCGACCUCAUCAUGAACGCGUCCAGUGACCGUGUGUUCCACGAAAGCAUCCUCCUGGCCAUCGCCCUUCUGGAAGGCGGCAACACCACCAUUCAGCAUUCCUUCUUCUGCCGCUUGACAGAAGACAAGAAGUCGGAGAAGUUCUUCAAGGUCUUCUACGACCGGAUGAAGGUGGCCCAGCAGGAAAUCAAGGCGACGGUGACGGUGAACACCAGCGACCUGGGGAAUAAAAAGAAAGAUGACGAGGCGGACAGGGACGCCCCAUCGCGGAAGAAAGCCAAGGAGCCCGCCACACAGAUCACGGAGGAGGCUCGGGACCAGCUCCUGGAGGCCUCCGCUGCCACCCGCAAGGCCUUCGCCACCUUCCGGAGGGAGGCCGACCCAGAUGACCACUACCAGGCCGCCGAGGGCGCCCAGGCCGCGGCCGACAAGCCCAAGGACGAGCUGGAGAUGAGCGCGGUCAUCACCAUCAUGCAGCCCAUCCUGCGCUUCCUGCAGCUGCUCUGCGAGAACCACAACCGGGACCUGCAGAACUUCCUGCGCUGCCAGAACAACAAGACCAACUAUAACCUGGUGUGCGAGACGCUGCAGUUCCUGGACUGCAUCUGCGGGAGCACCACGGGCGGCCUGGGGCUGCUGGGCCUGUACAUCAAUGAGAAAAACGUGGCGCUCAUCAACCAGACGCUGGAGAGCCUGACCGAGUACUGCCAGGGGCCCUGCCACGAGAACCAGAACUGCAUCGCCACCCACGAGUCCAACGGCAUCGACAUCAUCACGGCCCUGAUCCUCAACGACAUCAACCCCCUGGGGAAGAAGAGGAUGGACCUUGUGCUGGAGCUGAAGAACAACGCCUCCAAGCUGCUGCUGGCCAUCAUGGAGAGCCGGCACGACAGCGAGAACGCCGAGCGGAUCCUGUACAACAUGCGGCCCAAGGAGCUGGUGGAAGUGAUCAAGAAGGCCUACCUGCAGGGGGAGGUGGAGUUCGAGGACGGUGAGAAUGGAGAGGACGGCGCUGCCUCCCCCAGGAACGUGGGCCACAACAUCUACAUCCUGGCCCACCAGCUGGCGCGGCACAACAAGGAGCUACAGACCAUGCUGAAGCCCGGGGGCCAGGUGGACGGCGACGAGGCCCUGGAGUUCUACGCCAAGCACACGGCCCAGAUCGAGAUUGUCAGGCUGGACCGGACCAUGGAGCAGAUCGUCUUCCCUGUGCCCAGCAUCUGCGAGUUCCUCACGCAGGAGUCCAAGCUGCGCGUCUACUACACAACAGAGCGGGACGAGCAGGGCAGCAAGAUCAAUGACUUCUUCCUGCGCUCCGAGGACCUCUUCAACGAGAUGAACUGGCAGAAGAAGCUGCGGGCCCAACCUGUGCUGUACUGGUGCGCCCGCAACAUGUCCUUCUGGAGCAGCAUCUCCUUCAACCUGGCCGUGCUGAUGAACCUGCUCGUGGCUUUCUUCUACCCCUUCAAGGGCGUUCGAGGAGGCACGCUGGAGCCGCACUGGUCGGGGCUGCUGUGGACGGCCAUGCUCAUCUCCCUGGCCAUCGUCAUCGCCCUCCCCAAGCCGCACGGCAUCCGGGCCCUGAUCGCGUGCACCAUUCUCCGGCUGAUCUUCUCGGUGGGGCUGCAGCCCACGCUCUUCCUCCUGGGGGCUUUCAAUGUCUGCAACAAGAUCAUCUUCCUGGUGAGCUUCGUGGGCAACUGCGGCACGUUCACACGGGGCUACCGCGCCAUGGUGCUGGACGUGGAGUUCCUGUACCACCUGCUCUACCUGCUCAUCUGCGCCAUGGGGCUCUUCGUGCACGAGUUCUUCUACAGCCUGCUGCUGUUUGACCUGGUGUACAGAGAGGAGACGCUGCUCAAUGUCAUCAAGAGCGUCACGCGAAACGGGCGCUCCAUCAUCCUGACGGCGGUGCUGGCGCUGAUCCUGGUUUACCUGUUCUCCAUCGUGGGCUAUCUCUUCUUCAAGCACGACUUCAUCUUGGAAGUCGACAGGUUGCCCAACGAAACGGCUCUUCCAGAAGCCGGCGAGAGCUUGGCAGGCGAGUUUCUGUACUCGGACGUGUGUCGGGUGGAGACGGGGGAGAACUGCUCCUCUGCGGCCCCCCAAGAAGAGCCGGCAGCGGUGGAGGAGCCAGAGGAGGGCAAGGAGCACACAUGCGAGACGCUGCUGAUGUGCAUCGUCACGGUGCUGAGCCACGGGCUGAGGAGCGGGGGCGGCGUGGGCGACGUGCUCCGGAAGCCGUCCAAGGAGGAGCCGCUCUUUGCCGCCAGAGUGAUCUAUGACCUCCUGUUCUUCUUCAUGGUCAUCAUCAUCGUCCUCAACCUGAUUUUUGGGGUCAUCAUCGACACCUUUGCCGACCUGAGGAGUGAGAAGCAGAAGAAAGAGGAGAUCCUGAAGACCACGUGCUUCAUCUGCGGCCUGGAGAGAGACAAGUUCGACAACAAGACGGUGACCUUCGAGGAGCACAUCAAGGAGGAGCACAACAUGUGGCACUACCUGUGCUUCAUCGUCUUGGUCAAGGUGAAGGACUCCACGGAGUACACCGGGCCCGAGAGCUACGUGGCCGAGAUGAUUGCGGAAAGAAACCUUGACUGGUUCCCCCGGAUGAGAGCCAUGUCCUUGGUCAGCAGCGACUCGGAAGGAGAGCAGAACGAGCUGAGGCACCUGCAGGAGAAGCUGGAGUCCACGAUGAAGCUGGUCACCAACCUCUCUGGCCAGCUGUCAGAGUUAAAGGAUCAGAUGACAGAACAAAGGAAGCAGAAACAGAGAAUCGGUCUUCUAGGACAUCCUCCUCAUAUGAAUGUCAACCCGCAGCAACCAGCAUAAGCAAGUGAAAUAAAGAGCCGGAUUUACCUUUUUUAAUUAUUAUUAGUGUGGGUGUGGCUACUCGGUUCUGCAUCGCCCACGGAGGUUACAUGGAGGCUUAUUAGUACAUUUGUAAAUACUCGGUUUUAUACUGUAUGUAUAUGAUUGCUACUCUCAAGGCGUGGAGAUAUGCAUUGUAAUUACAACUGUUGGCACAAAGACUUGUCAUGUGUGCCAAAAAUAGUAAAAAUGCCUUUUUUGGAAGGACUGAAAGAAAGCACCUGAUUUGCACUUGAACCAGAGAAUAGACUCAAAAGUAUAUGACAUGUAUUUUGUAUUUAAAACUAGAAUAGCCAGUAUUUAUGUUUUUUAUGAAACUGUGCAAUACAGAUGAUGCAGUCACAGUCAGUUUGUAACUCCCUGUUCUGGGGGGAGCGCACAUCUUUGAAGCUGGUGUGUUACGACUAUGUAAUAAAUGGUUAAAUAUCCAAUGAUGCUGCUGCCAAAAUCCUAUUACUAGUGAGUUCAGGCCCCUGGGCAUUCUGCGCCUGUGACUAUCCUGUGGUGAUCCUGCUCCUCGUUGCUAGUGGCGUUAGUGCCUCUGUCUCGUCGCGGCAGUGCCCCCGGUCAGCAUUCAUUUUAAGAAAAGCAACUUUAGUUUCGAAGAUCCUUUAAAGCUUAUGAAUUGAACAUUUAAACUAUUUCUUUAAAUAGGAGCUAGAUUAGAGGCUCAAACUUUAGCUUGUGAAGAAGUGGAUGACUUUUUUAAAGGGAACUUUUUAUGCAAUGUCUGUGAUAAAUGCAUACUGCUGGCUAAUCAGUAUCAUCUCCUGGGUGAAUUGUGGUGUCACUUUAUAAAGAAAUGAAUAAUCGACGGUUUCUAGGUUAUCUUAGUCCAAACAGUAGAGCUGAUUUUUUUUCUUCAUCUGAACCGACAUGCUACAGUAGGUCAGGAGCAUUAAAACUAUCAUAUACAUCCAGACGAAGGCCAAUACGACCUCUCCCACUCGACCCGCGGUUGAACACUGACAUGUUAUUCUUGUGAAAGAGCCACGUUUUGAUUUUAUUCCUUUGUCACGUGAUUUCUUGAUGAAUGAAAGUAUGAAAGGAAAAUUUUGUAUCUGUUGCCUAGUUUUUACCUGGAUCUCAUUUUACAGGAGAAUCUCUGCAAAAAGUUUAAAAAUGUAUCCGGAAGCAGAGUUCUGAAAUGAGCAAAGUUUGUAAAUGCAUAUACAAAAAUAUUUAAUAAAUGAUGCAGAAUAAUA